GGGCCAGUGCUCGGGGCGCCGGGGAACGCAGAGGAGCCUCGCGUGGGCAGCCCCAGGCCCGGGCGCUCGGAAGGACGCGCGCAGACCCGGCGCCAGCCGAACGCGGGAGCGGCCGCUGGAGCGAAGCUGCUCAGCCACGGAACUGAUGCCCUUGGCCAUGACGCACCCCCAACCUCUGUCUGCUCAGACGCAGCCCGCGUGACCGAGCCAUCGCUGUCCCAGCUGUUUCCCGUCACUGUUCCCUUUACUGAACAGUUUGAUGGGGCAUCGGGCGGAUGACAGCGGGAACAGUUGUGAUCACCGGCGGAAUCCUAGCUACGGUCAUCCUCCUCUGCAUCAUCGCCGUCCUGUGCUACUGCAGGCUCCAGUAUUACUGCUGCAAGAAGAGCAGAGCCGAAGAUGCAGACGACGACGAUGAGGAGGAGCACGACCUGCCCCCACACCCCCGAGGCCCCAUCUGCAAUGCCUGCAGCUCCCAAGCCCCGGACGGCCGAGGCGGCCUGGCGCCUCUCACCAGCGAGCCCUGCGGCCAGCCGUGUGGGGGGGCAGCCGGCCAUUGCACCAUCUGCUCCCCAUACAGCUCCCCCUUUUACAUACGGACGGCUGACAUGGUACCCAAUGGGGGCGGAGGCGAGAGGCUCUCGUUCGCUCCUACAUACUACAAGGAAGGGGGACCCCCAUCCCUCAAGUUGGCCGUGCCCCAGAGUUACCCGGUGACGUGGCCAGGCUCUGGGCGCGAGGCCUUCACCAAUCCAAGGGCUAUUAGUACAGACGUGUAACCCCAUUCACCCCUGACCCCUCCACAUACCGAUGCUGCUGUCCUGGCAGGAACAAUGGGGGCAGCAGGGGACCCCUCCAACAGCCCACAAGGGCAAGCUCAGUGGGUUUUUUGCCUUUUUUGUUUUUGUUUUGUUUUUUUUUUUUUUUGGCUUUUCUUGCCCCACAGUGGAAUUCAAGCUGCUGAGUGCAUUGAGAACCAGGGCAGGGCCCGGCCUCGUGGCCCAGAGGUGGGGGCCGGCAGGAGGAGUGGGCAGCCGUGCCUGUGUCUGUGCUGGGACGUUCACCCACCAGCUCCAGCCCUGCCGCAGCCCCUCUUACUUCCCUCGCUCCCCCAGCUUUGCCGGACUGUGAGAGGAGGAGUAGCAGGGAAAGUUAAACCAAGGCUCUGGGGGCACCCAGACUCCUGGGGGAUGGAAGAAGAAAGGGGACCUAGGGCGUGGGGAGAGGUGAGAAGUAAGGCCCUGCAGCAUCUGAGAAGGGAGAGGAAGGUGUUCAGGGGAACUUUUUGGGACCUGCUUGCUAAAACGAACCCGAGACCCAGUUCACAAGCUAGUUUUGUAUUUGGUGAUCAGGGGGACUGCAGUCCCUGUAGCUGCCCCAAUAUGGAUAUGGAUUCUGGAACCCAGUAUGUUCCCUUCCUUGUGGGACACAUUGAGCAGACUCAGAAGGCCAUGGCCUGAGGUUAUUUGUGGGGAAUGCACCAAAAAGGGAUGCCUAACUUUGUCUCCCCCCAAAUCCUCUUCCUCUGCCUCCGGAACCAGCUGCCCUGCUGGAGAAACUUGCUGAAGUUUUGUGACUGAGUUUGAGCAGUUCGGCCAUUGAGACCUUGCUGAUGUCUCUGGGGCCCCGGUCUGCCACCCUGAGUCGUGUGUGUGUGUGUAGGAGCAGUGCUGGGACGGUGUGUGUGUUCUCAGGUGGGGACACACCUGUCGCCACUGCACACAUCACACACCAGGGGCUCUGCCACCCCUGGGAGCUGCGGAGUGGAUGGGGCUCUGAUGUACUGACUAGAAAGGAAAAUCUGGCCAGCCGACAGCAUGAGUGCAAGGUGACUGAGGUGGCUAGUCCCCUAGCACGCAGCCGGCUGGUGCGGGAAGAGCCUGCCGUCUCCCAGGGGACAGUGCUACAGCAUUGAUGCCACGUACCCCCUUUAGAGGCCCAGCCUUCUACUCGGGCGUCCAGCCACGGCAUCCCAGAGCUGGACGAUGUCAUGCCACCAGGAACAGCAGCCCCCACUCCUGGAUUCCAUACUUGCUGCCCUCCCUCCGCUGCAUCCUCCCCCCCGACCCCCCAGUCUCCAGUGAGGUCCUGUUAAUUGCCCGAGCCCUGCCCUCACUUCCCACUCAAAACCCCGCUGUGGCCUAAUGCCAUUUGAGGGAACGCACCUGAGGAGUUUUCCAGUUGCCUCUAUACUAAGGAGUGGCUGCUCCCCCUUUUAAGGGCAUAUAACUCCCAGCACUUCUGAGUCACCGCAUGCUGCAGGGGGUGGGGCAGGGAAAGAGCUAGCCCCUUUGCUGAAAUCGUGAUUUUGCAUUGGAGAAAGGGCCACGUGCAGCUGGGAGGAGGGAGAGAAUUCACCACACUUCUCAUUUCACUCUGUCUGGGCACUUGUCACCUUGCAUCUCAGCUGUAAUUGGGGCACAGUGGGUGACGAAUCAGAGGACCUGGGGUCUGGUCACACUGAGGUCACUCAUUAGCUCUAGGACCAGUCAUUUAUCUUCUCUGAGACCCUAUGUUCUCCAGGAAAAGGAGACCUGCCCAGACGGACCCUAAGAGGCCACUAGUGCUCAGAACAGCCAGGACUUCCUGAAAACAUCUGGCGGCCACGCUGCUCUUCCUUGCCUGAGUCCUGGUAGGGGCGAGAUGCGCUUGCCAGUGGCCUCAUCCAGCGUGUGGGGAUGUGUGUUGAGGACUGAGCCACCGCCGUGAAAUACAGGCUUAGCAGGCAAAAUGAUUUUAAUUGUUCAGUGAAAAGCAAACGUGUUUGUCUGAUUCUCCUCCUGGGUGAUCUCAGACGGUAACAUGUCCUUAUACGAGGAGGCGGCUCUAGGCAGGGGAUCAUGAGAUCUGUCUCCCAGUCCAGAGGGAUGAGUUUAGGACAGCAAAUUUAACAUGCUCCAUCCCAUCAUCAGUCCUUAUUAGGCCAAGUGCGCCCCCUUGCCAUGAGCUGCUGGGUCUGCCUGCCGUUGGGGCCUCCUGAUGACCAGCCCCACGGCCCUGCUGCCCGGGAAGUCCACAGCCAGUCAACCAGAGCAAGGGCUGUUGGUCCUCGCCAAACAGUGUCAUUGCUCCUCCCCCCUUUGGAGAAAUCAAGGCAGCCCAGUCAGCUAUCACCUGCUUCCAGCUUGGAUCUACUGGGGCCCUGAGUGACAAGCAUAUUACACAGUCCCCACUCCUCCUGUAGCUUUCCCAGCCUAGAUCUUGUCAACCUACACAUCGAAAUCUGGGUUUUCGGGCACUGGAGAGAGGAUGGGCCACGGCUCUCCCCACCACACCCCCACAACAGGCAGGGCGCAGUCUCCGGAUCGCAGCGAGGGUCUUACCUACGCAAGAGGAAGCUCACCCAUUCAACUGUGCUGUGCACUUUCUCACUGUGGGGUCUGUGCUAUGGGACAUUAUCCAGACACUUUUCAAAUCGUACCCUAACAGGAAGAGAAGCAGAGGCUGGGAACACCCGGUCCUCUCUGCCAUCUUGUCUCCACGUCCACAUCACCGCUCCCGCUACAGAUUUCCUGUCCUGCAUCUUUGAUAACCUGGAGUCACGGCCAAGUGAAUGUCCAAAUAAAUGAGGAA